AUGGACGUGGACGUGGACGUGGACGUAAACGUGGACGUCGACAUGGUCGUGGGCGUGGACAUGGACAUGGACGUGGACGUGGACGUGGACAUGGACGUGGACGUGGACGUGGACGUGGACGUGGACGUGGAUGUGGACAUGGACGUGGACGUGGACGUGGACAUGGACGUGGACGUGGACAUGGAGGUGGACGUGGACAUGGACAUGGACGUGGACGUGGACGUGGACAUGGACGUGGAUGUGGACAUGGACGUGGAUAUGGACGUGGACGUGGACAUGGACAUGGACAUGGACGUGGACGUGGACAUGGACGUGGACGUGGACAUGGACAUGGACGUGGACGUGGACAUGGACAUGGACGUGGACGUGGACGUGGACAUGGACGUGGACGUGGACAUGGACGUGGAUAUGGACGUGGACAUGGACAUGGACAUGGACAUGGACAUGGACGUGGACGUGGACAUGGACGUGGACGUGGACAUGGACGUGGACGUGGACGUGGACGUGGACGUGGACAUGGACGUGAACGUGGACGUGGACGUGGACAUGGACGUGGACGUGGACAUGGACGUGGACGUGGACGUGGACGUGGACGUGGACGUGGACGUGGACGUGGACGGGGACGUGGACGUGGACGUGGACGUGGACAUGGACAUGGACGUGGACCUGGACGUGGACGUGGACGUGGACAUAGACGUGGACGUGGACGUGGACGUGGACAUGGACGUGGACGGGGACGUGGACGUGGACUUGGACGUGGACGUGGACGUGGACAUGGACAUGGACGUGGACGUGGACGUGGACGUGGACAUGGACGUGGACCUGAACAUAGACCUGGACGUGGACGUGGACGUGGACGUGGACGUGGACGUGGACAUGGACGUGGACGUGGACAUGGAAGUGGACGUGGACGUGGACGUGGAUAUGGACGUGGACGUGGACAUAGACGUGGACGUGGACGUGGACAUGGAGGUGGACGUGGACGUGGACGUGGACGUGGACGUGGACGGGGACGUGGACGUAGAUAUGGACGUGGACGGGGACGUGGACGUAGACGUGGACGUGGAGGUGGACGUGGACAUGGACGUGGACGUGGACAUAGAGGUGGACGUGGACGUGGACGUGGACAUGGACAUGGACGUGGACGUGGACAUGGACGUGGACGUGGACGUGGACGUGGACGUGGACGUGGUCGUGGACGUGGACGUGGACGUGGUCGUGGACGUGGUCGUGGACGUGGACGUGGUCGUGGACGUGGACGUGGACGUGGACGUGGACGUGGUCGUGGACGUGGUCGUAGACGUGGACGUGGAGGUGGUCGUGGAGGUGGUCGUGGACGUGGACGUGGAGGUGGUCGUAGACGUGGACGUGGACGUGGACGUGGACGUGGACGUGGACAUGGACGUGGACGUGGACGUGGAGGUGGUCGUGGUCGUGGACGUGGACGUGGACGUGAACGUGGACGUGGAGGUGGUCGUAGACGUGGACGUGGAGGUGGUCGUGGUCGUGGUCGUGGUCGUGGACGUGGUCGUGGUCGUGUCGUGGACCUGGACGUGGACGUGGUCGUGGUCGUGGUCGUGGUCGUGUCACGUGGACAUGGACGUGGACGUGGACGUGGACGUGGACGUGGACAUGGUCGUGGACGUAGACAUGGACGUAGACGUGCACGUGGACGUAGACGUGGACGUGGACGUGGACCGUGGACGUAGACGUGUACGUGGACAUGGACGUGGACGUGGUCGUGGACGUGGUCGUGGUCGUGGUCGUGGACGUGGGCGUGGACGUGGACGUGGACGUGGACGUGGACGUGGACUGGUCGUGGACGUGGACGUGGGCGUGGACGUGGACGUGGACGUGGACGUGGACAUGGUCGUGGACGUGGGCGUGGACGUGGACGUGGACAUGGUCGUGGACGUGGACGUGGACGUGGUCGUGGACAUGGACGUGGACGUGGAAGUGGGCGUGGACGUGGACGUGGACGUGGAUGUGGACCUGGUCGUGGACGUGGACGUGGACGUAGACGUGGACGUGGACGUUGACGUGGACGUGGACGUGGUCGUGGACGUGGACGUGGACGUGGACUUGGACGUGGACCUGGUCGUGGACGUGGACGUGGACGUGGACGUGGACGUCGACGUGGACGUGGACCUGGUCGUGGACGUGGACGUGGACGUCGACGUGGACGUGGACAUGGUGGAGGUGGACAUGGACGUGGACGUGGACGUGGACGUGGACGUGGACGUGGACGUGGAGGUGGAGGUGGACAUGGACGUGGACGUGGACGUGGACGUGGACGUGGACGUGGACGUGAACGUGGACGUGGUCGUGGACGUGGACGUGGACGUGGACGUGGACGUGGACGUGGACGUGGACAUGGACGUGGAGGUGGACGUGGAGGUGGACGUGGAGGUGGACGUGGAGGUGGACGUGGAGGUGGACAUGGAGGUGGACGUGGACGUGGAGGUGGAGGUGGACGUGGACGUGGAGGUGGAGGUGGACGUGGACGUGGACGUGGACGUGGACGUGGACGUGGACAUGGUCGUGGACGUGGACGUGGACGUCGACGUGGACGUGGACGUGGACCUGGUCGUGGACGUGGACGUGGACGUCGACGUGGACGUGGUCGUGGACGUGGACGUGGACGUGGACGUGGACUUGGACGUGGACCUGGUCGUGGACGUGGACGUGGACAUGGUCGUGGACGUGGACGUGGACGUGGACGUGGACAUGGUCGUGGACGUGGACGUGGACGUGGACGUGGACCUGGUCGUGGAUGUCGACGUGGACGUCGACGUGGACGUGGACAUGGUGGACAUGGUCGUGGACGUGGACGUGGACGUGGACAUGGACGUGGAGGUGGACAUGGUCGUGGACGUGGACGUGGACGUGGAUGCGGACGUGGACGUGGACGUGGAGGCGGACGUGGACGUGGACGCGGAGGCGGACGUGGACGUGGACGUGGAGGCGGACGUGGACGUGGAGGUGGAGGUGGACGUGGACGUGGAGGUGGACGUGGACAUAGACGUGGAGGUGGACGUGGAGGUGGACGUGGAGGUGGACGUGGACGCGAACGCGGACGUGGACGUGGACGUGGACGUGGACGUGGACGUGGACAUGGACGUGGACGUUGACGUGGACGUGGACGUGGUCGUGGACGUGGACGUGGACGUGGACGUUGACGUGGACGUGGACGUGGACCUGGUCGUGGACGUGGACGUGGACGUGGACGUGGACGUGGACGUGGACAUGGUCGUGGACGUGGACGUGGACGUGGACGUGGACGUGGACAUGGUCGUGGACGUGGACAUGGACGUGGACGUGGACGUGGACGUGGACGUGGACCUGGACAUGGACGUGGACAUGGUCGUGGACAUGGACGUGGACGUGGACGUGGACGUGGACGUGGACGUGGACGUGGAGGUGGACGUGGAGAUGGACGUGGAGGUGGACGUGGAGGUGGAGGUAGACGUGGACGUGGACGUGGAGGUGGACGUGGACGUGGCAUGGACGUGGACGUGGACAUGGACGUGGACGUGGACGUGCACGUGGACGUGGACGUGGAAGUGGACAUGGACGUGGACAUGGACGUAG